AUGGCAUCCUUGUCUCUCGCCAUGAAUGUGCGACUGAUAGCGGGAGCUCGCUCCACCCUCGUUCAGUCCAGCUACACGUCUCCUCUCUCAUCAAGUGUAUGUCUGGCUUCUACACGGCGUGUCUCCAGCUCGUCGCCUCGGACCAACUCAACCACAGGGCCGCACCCAUCAGCAAAUGCAGAAACACAAGCACUUACAGGAUCCGACAAGUUGGUAGCCGAAGCUGUUCGUUUGGAAGCGCAAGAAGAAGCCACUCUAGCCAAAAAAGCACGCAGACAAGAUCCCAACGAUCCCAUUUGGACGGGCGAAGAACGCGUGCAGGAUACGGUUCUACGAAUGGUGAUGGACAAAUACAAGCCUUUGCGAAUCGGCCUGGCGGACCAAGGGAAGGAUCCUGCCGAUGAAAAGAUCAAGGCUGGAAUUCAGACCCCCACCUCUCCUGGCUUACCCACUCGCGACAGUGGCAGUGGCUUGUUCGUUCGACCGGGCACGCAAGGCGCGCACGAAGGCGGGAGAAAACUGCCCAAGACGCCAGAUGAAAAGCCUUGGAGGGCGGUGUACGUUCGGCCUGCUCAUCUGCUCGGUGCGGGCACAGGAGAGGACGAGUUCACGCCCAGCAUCUACUACGGUCAAUUUCUGAACGAGUCAAAGUUAGUCGCAACAGCAGGUAGCCAAGCUAGGAACAAGUUGAAAGCAGCAGGCGUCAACGUGGCCGCUUUACCCAUAGACGACGCCAAAGCAAUGAAGCAGCUUCGAGAGGCGAUCCAAACCGCCGAACGCCAAGCCAAACUCGUACGUGCUCGUGAUAGCGUUCUGGAUUACCAACUCUCGCAACACUCUCCCUCGUCCACUCAAGAAUCCGAAGUGAAAGGCGAUUCAAUCUCGGAUACGAACCGCAACCUUCAACUUCAGCUCGGACACGCCCAAGGCUGGGAUUCGGUGAUUGAGAAACGCAUCAAAGCCGCGCUCGACUCGGGAGCGUUCAAGGAAAACAAGCUGAGGGGGAAGCCGAUUCAGAGGGAUAUCGAGGAGAAAAACCCUUUUCUGGCCAGGGAAGAGUACUUUAUGAACCGAAUCGUGAAACGCCAAGGUGCAGCACCUCCGUGGGUCGAGUUGAAUGCCGAGUUGGAAUCCGAGGUCAACAGUUGGAAGCAGAGGCUCGACGACGGGUGGGUGCGAAGGGCAAGCCGAAUGAUCACUACCAGUGGCACGCUCAGCGAAGGGCUAGAGGCGUUUGCGCUCAACGCUACCAUUGAAAAUACGCGUGAGCAAAAGGAGAAAUCCGUAGACGCAAAAAAACUCAUGAUGCCAGAAGCCAAGACAACCGGAGAGAAGCGGUUGGUAGAAGUGGCAACACGCUACCGCGAUGCCGAGUGGCAAGAUCGUGAACGGGCCUACCACACACUCGAGCUCAACAGGCUCAACGAUCUGAUACGCAAACACAACCACCUGGCGCCCUUCACCGCACGCAAGGGACUCAUGCUUCUGGAUAUCGAGCUGGCCAACAUGUACGCAAGGGCGUUGCCCAAGUUGGUGUACGAGAUCUCGUCGAUCUUGCAUGCCAAGUCAAUAGCGCAUGCGGACGGAAAGAGCGUAGACGGCUGGGAUGACUUGCUGCACAAACAGCCACGAGAUGAGAGGGUGAGGUACGAUAUGUGGGGUCGAGAGGUGCGCAAGUCUCAGGAUAGUGGUGCAGCGAAAGGCGAGAAAGCGUGGCUGGAUGGCUGGCUGGGGGGUGGUAUGUCGUCCGGAUCGGCCGAUGCGGAAGCUGAGCGUGCCAAAGGCGGCGCACAAGGCGCACAGGGCGCCAGUGCGACGGACGCCAACAUUCAGAAUCUCGGAUUGUGGGCGGCGUUCCAGAAGAGCUUGCAUUGGGCCAAACAACGGAUCGUCGGUGCUUGA